AGCAUCACCGGGAAAAUGGAGGCAGGGCAGGCUUAGAGAAACACAGCUUCAGCAUCAGCAGGCCUGCACUGAUGAAAAGUGAUGCUUUAGAUAGUAAACGCCUUUGAAACAAUGACAUUUUGGGAAACGACAGAGUAGGGGACUUGCUUUAAAGUAAAGGAAUCACCAAAGGCUUUAUUUUUAUUCUCACCUUUUAUAAGAAGGCCACUUCCAGAGGAGGGCGAUAUGGAGUCUUCUUGUGCUCUUGGAGAGGGGAGAACAUCUCCCCCCAGCUCGCUGCACAUCAGUGCAACUGGUGGGGGUGCAGCCCAUCGGAAGCGGCGAACCCUCGUAGCCCCAGACAUGAACCUGUCUCUGGACCAGAGUGAAGGAUCCCUGCUGUCCGAUGAUUUCCUGGAUACGCCCGACGAUCUGGACAUUAACGUUGAUGACAUUGAAACUCCUGAUGAGACAGAUUCCCUGGAGUUCAUCACCAAUGGCAACGACCUAGAAUGGGAAGAUGACACGCCAGUGGCCUCUGCGAAAUCAGGCCCUGCCGAAGGGGCCGACGAAGUGGGGGAGGACGGCGGGAAUGGCCGCCUGUGGAGAACGGUCAUCAUCGGAGAGCAGGAACAUCGCAUUGACAUGCAGGUCAUUCGGCCGUACGUGCGGGUCAUCUCUCACGGAGGUUAUUAUGGUGAGGGCCUGAAUGCCAUCAUCGUGUUCUCGGCGUGCUACCUGCCCGACAGCAGCUGCCCGGAUUACCAUUACAUCAUGGAAAACCUCUUUCUGUAUGUAGUGAGCAGUCUGGAGAUGCUUGUAGCUGAGGAUUAUCUGAUCAUCUACAUGAACGGCGGAACCCCUCGCAGUAAGAUGCCAGGUAUCAGCUGGCUGAAAAAGUGCUAUCAGAUGAUUGACAGAAGACUGAGGAAGAACCUGAAGUCUCUGAUCAUCGCACAUCCUUCAUGGUUCAUACGCACAGUUCUGGCCAUCUCCAGACCCUUCAUCAGCGUGAAAUUCAUGAACAAAAUCCGCUACGUGCACAGCUUAGAGGAACUGGAGCAGAUUGUCCCCAUGGAGCACAUCCACAUCCCUGAGUGUGUCAUACAGUAUGAUGAAGAAAGGAUCAAAGCACGAAAAGAGCGAAUGGAACAGGAGGACAGAGAGCAUCAACCGCAAGAACAGCAAGAAUGCACCAAGACAGACAGGCCUGCGACGACGACAGCCGGGGAGCCGGUCCUGUGAGGCUGGAGGGCCUUUCGGUAGAAAUCACUCUCACUCGCUGAUCUAAGUCCAGCUUCUUCUCUCUGUGUCCUGUUAUAAUAGCAGACAUCACACACUGGUCUCAGAUCAGCGCUAAAGAGUGCGGUUUACUGCUGAGAGGGAGGAAAAAAGGCACAAUAUUUCAAGUCUUGUCAGAAGAACACCACCAGGUGGCACUCCACCCCGACAAACGUCUCUGUAUUCAGUAGCAGGAUGUGUAAGCUCUACAGACCCUCUGUGCUGCAACCCCCAGUAAUGACCUACCCCUGCUUUAUGACCCUGCACUGCAAAAAUAAUACAUAAUGGCAAGUGAAUGCAUCUUAAGUGUAGCCAGUAAAUCUAGGAUUUUUAAUUAGGAGAUUGUUGGAAGAAAAUUAUGACCUAUUUCUAUAUCUGUCAGAGCAAAACCUCAUAUCUCUAUUUUUGUCAUUGUUCAGUUUUUGACAUUGUUUGGAAAUAGCUCUACAUUGGGUUUAAAUUUCAUGAAGAAUGAGCCAAAUAAAAUGGUCAAAAAAUGCUUGGAAAAAAGUCUGGUUCCAUUGACUUACAUUA